AUGCUGCGUGGCGUGACAGCACUUUUGGAAGCUAUUGACGAACGUGCAGAGCAACACGCCCGUCAGGCAGUAGAAAGGAACGUCGAGAUCAAUGUGUCAUCCUGUUCUACGGAAGGCCACGACCCUGCACAACAGGGAAUGUUGAGAUGCAACGUUCCUGAUGGUUCAGUUGCGAUUGACCCCGCCGGGUCUGGUGUUGUCUAUCUUCCAACAUUCCCGGAGCCACCCUUCCCACUCCAUGGGUUUGCGGCGCCUCCCCAUCAUGAUGACGCCGUCGCCCCUUCCCUUAACACGUGGAGUCACAUAGAGGGCAAUGGAAUUGCAACAACAGCAUCUGCACUCGCGGCCGUGGGCAGGGAUUCCAGUUCGCCUCUUACGGGGCAGAAGGAAAAGCAAAUUGAGGCGCUAACUCAAAUGGUUCAGCGGUACCAGGCAGCGGCAGAAGUUGCAAAGCAAGAAUUGCUGCAACAGUCUCUGAGAGUGUGCAAACUAGAGGAAGCACUGCAAGACACAAAAACGGAAUUGGAGGAACACAAGGUAAAGUCGCGUUUGUUGUUGGAAGAGCGCCAGCGUCAGUGCGAGGAGCUUCACGCACUUCUCGAGCGCAGGAAAGAAAGUGUCCCAUUUUACCAUAGUGAUGAUAUCCCGGGGCAAGCGGAAAGUCACGUCGAAGGGGUGGAGGGUGUCAAAACCGAGGAGGGAGAUGUGGGAGAUUUGAGAAACAGCGUUACUUCCUUACAGCGGCAGCGUGAGUGGCUUGAAGCGCAAGUGGCGGCGGGGAGGCGUGAGACGACAGAGUUUCGUCAACGGCACAGCGCAGUAUUGCAAGAUCUGGAGUUCCUCAAAGCAGACCUAAAGGGGGUGCAAGAGGCUUUGGACAGCGAAGUAGCGGCACAUAAUCAUAGCAAAGCGCUUUUGCAGAGCCGACAACGUGAGCUAAAUGAGUUGCGAGCAGCUGUGGAAAGAAAUGGAGGGACUUUCACCGCCUCUGGGGCCCUUGUUGCUUUACGUCCCGAUGGAAGGAAAGAAGGUGAUGUGCUGCUUUCCCGCCAAUUGUUGGAAAAACAUAAGGCGAUGGAAACGGCGCUGCGUGACGCCGCAGAAUGGCGUCGACGAUGUGAAAGGAUGACGAAUAGGCUUGAAGAAGAGCGCACAGCACGUGUAUCCAUAGAGGCGCCCUAUCCGAUGGGUGAAGUGGGCGAGCCGCAUAGUGUCACAUUUUUCGGUGAAGAGUACAACGGUGUUGUUGGCCAAUUCAUAGGGAAAUGUGGUCAUGUUCUCGAUUCAACGGCACUCCACGCCGCAAGACUGCUGCGUCGGUCGUCACCACUUCGGAUCUUUACAAUGGUGUACAUUGUUUGUCUUCACGUACUGAUUGUUGUGGUUCCGUUAAUGCUGUCCAGUUAG